AUGAAAAUAGAUAACGAUCAAGUUCAAGAAAAACGACCUAUUAACAUAGGAGGACAAGUGACCGUCACAAAUGGUCUUACAAUAAUUGGCGUUACAGUUGAAUUAUCCGGACUGGAACUAGAUGAUAAAAGAAAAGAGUUCGAAGAGCUUUUUGAUAAUAUCAAAACCAAAAUAACUCAGGAUGAUUUGACUAUUUUAAAUGAAGUAUUGAAAAGUCAGGAGGAUCUAACACUUUUACACAAUUCACUAACCCGGAAGAAAGACAAAUUACAUGAUAUUAUCAAUAAUGAAGAAUUACAGAAGCUUUGUAGACUUAAAGAGGAAAUGACUGAAUUGAAAAUGGAAUUAGAAGAAAAACGAGAACAAAUGGAUAUUUAA